AUUACCGUCUCUAUAAUAUUCAAAUUCACUUGCUUCGGUUUAGAAUUAUCCAGAUGGUGGAAUAGGUGUUGCCCGAAUGUAACAUCUACUUUACCUCUUGUUAAGAGUUGCAUACCCCGUACUUUCAAAGGCCUUACAUGCUACUUCGACCCGUUUAGCAAUUAAGCCAUUCUCUUAAUAACAAAAAUGUCAAAGGAUUGUUUUUGCAGGUGCAGGUGGUUUUGUUAUAUCCUUCUGCAAUAAUUAUGAUAUCGACUCUUUGGUCUCACGGAGACAGGUGCUCCAAGGACUUCCUUUGAACAUCAUCAGUUUACAAAUUACACAAUGCAGGUUAUUAUAUCAUGGUCUGAUCCAAUGGCAUAAGCUUCUGGUUGAAGCAAUCCUCUUUAAAACCGCCCCACAAGGCAUUAUAACUCAUAGGGAGGCACCUGGUUACCGCUGUCAUAUCAAGUGUUCUAUCAGUUGAAGAUAUGGAGCGUGUUGGUCUUAGACUCCGAUAUUGCCUGCCUUUACUGGUCUGCUUUUUUCGUUGUCUUCACACCUCGCAAGAGGCAAGUGCCUCCAAAACAGGAACACGCGUAUGUGAGCUGCUGCCAUCGGAUAAGUACAACAACUCGGACGAAGUCAUCAUCAGCCAGAAGUUUCAUCAUUACAGUAUUCAGACACCUUGCAGCAGAGGACCCUGUCAAAACUAUGGCACUUGCGUACCGCAGUACGAGAAAAACAGUUAUGUGUGCGUUUGCAAAAUUGGAUUUGAGGGGAAAGACUGCGAAACAGUAAUCAAGCACUGCGAGAAAGACUCAUGUCUUAACGGUGGAACUUGCAUCGAUGGAGUCGUUAGCUUCGAGUGCCGAUGUCGACAGGGGUUUUCUGGAAAGCGAUGUGAACCAGGUAUGUUAAUCAAUUCUACAAUAUUGGUGGGCAACACAAACUUUCUCGGCAACCUGUCACAUUUUUUGUCGCCUGCUGUAGGAAAUAGUUCACAGUGGUUGCUGUGCCACCGCGCCUCCACGCACGGCUGGGCUGUAAGCACCUUCCACGAAAGGUGCGACAAUAAAUAUCAUACUGUGACCAUCAUCAAAAAAGGCCAGUACGUGUUUGGAGGAUACACUGAUAUAGCAUGGGAUUCAUCUAGUUCUUAUGGCAACACUCCCAAUGCGUUCAUAUUUUCUCUACGGAACAAAGAAGAACUGCAUCCAUUUAAGAGCAUGGUUUUACAGUCACAAUAUGCAAUUUACAGGUAUCAGGGGUAUGGUCCAACAUUUGGAAAUAACCAUGACAUUUACAUUUCGGAUAAUUCUAACAGCAACAAUGAUUCAUACACCUAUCUUAGCAACUACGAGACACCAAAAGGAGCAAAUAAGCCAACCACAAUCUUGUCUGGUACACAGUACUUUUCACCUGAUGACUGGGAGGUGUUUUAUCUUGGUUAAAAUACCUGUUCAUCAACAACCUUGCCAUUAAAAACUCUUUACUUGGCCUGUGAUUCACUAGAUAGUUUCAGAUAUCUGAUAGUUUCAGCAGUACAUAUUUACUAUCCUAGAGCAUCUACGUUGAUGGCUUCCAUUUAACUGCACUGAAAAGCUUAAGG